CGCUGUGCCCUUGCUGGCCCUGCCUUGCGCGCUCCCUCCCCUCGCCCCGCCCCGCUCCGCGCGCUCCCCUCCCCUCCCCUCCCCUCCCCUCCCCUCGCCCCGCCCUUGCCCUGCCUUGCGCCCUUCGUGCUGCACCUUGGCCCCUGCCUCGCUUGCGCGCUCCCCUGCCAGCCCCGCGCGCUCCCCUGCCAGCCCCGCGCGCUGCGCCCUGGUCCGCCGGGCGGCUCGGCGCCGCGCGCAGGGGCUGUUUGCUGUGGCGGCGGCUGGAGGGCGACGUCAGCGGUAGCCUCUCUCUGGGCCCCUCCGUGCUGCAUUAUCCCCGCCCCCUUCCCCGCCCCGGGACCCUGUGAGGGGAGCGUGUGCGAGCCCGGAGCCUCCUCGCCGCGCAGCCGCCGCCUGACGCCCCCACCCCGUCUAGAGGCGCCGCUGCCGCUCCCCUCCCGCCCGCCGGUCACCCGCGGCUCGGGGGUUAUUAAACCCGCCCGGCGCGUCCCCGCUGUCCCCACCCCCCUCCCGGUGCCGCCGCCGAGGAACAUGGCGAAAGUGGAGCAGGUCCUGAGCCUCGAACCGCAGCACGAGCUGAAAUUCAAAGGUCCUUUCACAGAUGUUGUCACCACAAACCUGAAACUUGGUAAUCCUACAGACAGAAAUGUGUGCUUCAAAGUGAAAACUACAGCACCACGUAGAUACUGUGUAAGGCCUAACAGUGGAAUUAUUGAUGCAGGAACAUCAAUUAACGUUUCCGUGAUGCUACAACCUUUCGAUUACGACCCUAACGAGAAAAGUAAACACAAGUUUAUGGUACAGUCUAUGUUUGCUCCAGCUGAUACUUCAGAUAUGGAAGCAGUAUGGAAAGAAGCAAAGCCAGAAGAACUCAUGGAUUCUAAACUUAGAUGUGUGUUUGAGCUACCAGCAGAAAAUGAUAAACCUCAUGAUGUAGAAAUAAAUAAAAUUAUAUCCACAACUGCAAAGACAGAAUCCUCUGUAAUGUCUAAAUCAAUAAGUUCUUCCUUGGAUGACACUGAAGUUAAGAAAGUAAUGGAAGAAUAUAAGAGGCUUCAAGUAGAAGUUCAGAGGUUACGGGAGGAGAAUAAACAGUUUAAGGAAGAAGAUGGUCUGCGGAUGAGAAAGGCUCCCCAGACGAACAACCCAGUAUCUGCAUCUGCAACUGCUGUCAAGGAGGAAGGGCUCAGCACUAGACUACUUGCUCUGGUGGUUUUGUUCUUUAUUGUUGGUGUAAUUAUAGGGAAAAUAGCCUUGUAGAGGCAGCAUGCUGAGGAUUGUAAAUUGGCUUGAUGGUUCUGCCAUAUCAUUGGAUUAAAUUUAUUCAUAACGAUGUUUUAAAAAAAUUAAUGUAUGACAUCUCACAGGUCUUGCCUUUAAAUUACCCCUGCACAAAUAUAACAUAACGUAAUCCUCUUGAAAGUUUAAAAUGUACAAUGAGUGAAUGAAUGAUAAAGAAAGUUCUUUAUUAAGUGAUGAGGAAAAAAUCAUGAGUUAACACUACAAUGGCAUACUGUAAAUGUCAUUUUAAACAUUUAGCCCUUGGUACAUGUUGCUGUCCCACUGUCCAUUUUUUUAAAAAAAAAAAAAAACCCAAUUAUUCUUCCACUGCUGGAGCUGGCCCUUUUGGAUGUUUGGAGCUGGGUUAGGCAGGAGGGGUUGAUAACUUCUGUAAAAUAUGUUGAUCCACCAUUCUGCUCAUAAAGUUAACAGUUUGUUAGUGUCUUCAACUCCGUGCAAAUUAACAAUUCAUUGGCACUUACAAUUCUUUUCAGCUUCUCACUAUUAAUUUAUGUGGCAGCGCUGAAUGUGCUAGGCAUCAUUAAGAGGCAUAUAUUGACUGGUAUGACACUCAUUUCGAAUAAAGGUCAAUGCCUUGUUCUCUUAAAGGGACCAAGCUACAUUGCUGUUGGUUCAUUUAGUUGAAUUGAAAUGUUAUUCAGAGAUGUUUAAUGCAUAUUUAACUUAUUUAAUGUAUUUCAUCUCAUGUUUCCUUAUUGUCACAUAUUGACUAAUCCUAUGGUAUAAAAAGGCACCUGUUCUAAAACCAGUGGAUAGAACUAAAAAAUUACUGCUGUAGCGAUGCGAGAUUCUUCUGCCCCCUCAUGUUUUGGGCACUAUGUAAUUGUUUUGAUCACUUAAACAUUGGGGAAACAGCAGUCAGGAAACUGUUUUUGUAUGUAAAUAAAUAAGUCUAUCUAGCAAAAAAAUUAGUAGUAAACUAGUUCUAUGCCGUAAAAAGACCAAUCCUGUUUGACUAUGUAGCAUCUUAAAAAAAAAAAAAAAAAAAAAAAAAAAAAAAUAAAGCCCAGAGAUUAAAGUUCAUUUCGUUACUUUUGUCAAAGUCAAUUAAUUUUUUUUAAAGGACCUGCAGUUAGUCAUUUUGAUGAAGCUUAUGUACGGCAUCAGGAAAUUGCUAGCCUUAUCUCAACACUGUUUCCUCCAGCCCCAUUUUAGUCUACAGAACCAAUCUCCAGAGAAGCACAUUGAUGGAAUACUGAUGUUUAGAAUAACCACAUUGUCAGUCUGUUUAUUUACUAGGUAUCCUCUGCUGUUUUUCAGUCUUCAGUGGUUGGAGUCAGUAAGCCUGAGAAUUUAUACAAGUGGCACUCUAAGGCAGUAAUAUUAGUAACAGUAAUAAUACUAUUAAUAGUAAUGUUACUAUAAGGCAGUAAUAUUAAUAAUACUAACUAUAAGGCAUGUAUAUUCACUAUAUUCAAGCAUGAUCUGUAGAUGACACAUUCUUUUCAGUCAACUACCCAUAUAAUUUUUCUUGGAUUCCAAUUUCAGAAGCCAUCAGAUUAAGAUGUGCAAUAGAUUGAAGCUUAUUCGCACACCUUAAAAAGAUGGCUUCCCUUUCUAUUUUGUGUUAUUCCUAAAUAAGGCUGGCGGGGGAGGGCUUGGGUUGGUAGAUUUUUGCUGCCGUCUACUUUUCCACCCUUGCCAUAAUAAUCAAAAUGCUAAUGAACAUUUACUUAUCUAUCAAAUGGUUGCCUCUGCCCUACUUUGUGCAGAUGAGCAGAAUUUUCCGGUGAUAUCCUUGCAGGUCAAGUACAAUCCCAACGUGUCCUCUGGGUAUGUACGUGUUUCUGUGGAGACUUUUUGUAGAACUGCCGACAAAAACAGGAAGAGGUGCAUCUUCAGACAGGAUGUGAAGAUAGACCAGAGUCAAGUCUGUUCAAUAUGGUAGGGCCAAAGCAAUUAUAGUCUCCAUUUUUUGCAUGAGUGCAAGAUGGGUUGGAUACAGUGCAGAGGGAGAAGGUAGGAAGUAGUGAGAUCAGCAAGGUAGGAGGGGGCAUGAUUAUACAAGGAUUUAAAAGGCUACAGCUUUGCUCUUUAGGGGACCAGUAACUAAUGGAAGCCUCCUGAAACUCUUCAACUUCUGUUAACCAAAAUGACUGACCAACACAGGAAGCAUUCUGAAAGGGAGAGUUGUCUUUUAAAAGACUGGGAUAAAUAUGAUGUCUGAAGAAUUCACGUUCAUGGCUUUGUAGGAUGUAUCGGGAAGAAUCUGGACUAAAGAGAGACUGAACGCAAAUGUUUUGGGUGGCUGUGGCCAUUGGAGCAUUGUGGCUGUUUUAUGGAGGGGGGUGGGAAAGAGUUGUGGUUUUUGUUUUUUGGACUUUUUUUGCUGGUCCAUUGAGCAACUGUCAUGCACCUUAUCCAUCAGAAUUAACUUUGCUGGCACAAAUGAUUUAUGGCUAGAGAAGAAAGCCAGAAGAGUUUGUUGGUGUCCUCAGGCCAUAGCUUGUUUAAUGGUCAUGCCUCCGAAUGUCUGAAAACUUAAAACAUUUUAAAUAAUUUAUGAGUAAAGUUGCUUCUAUUACUUUUUGUGUUACCAUAGUACAUAGGGGACCCCAAACAAAGAUUACCCUCUCCCCUUGUUCUAGGCACUAUACAAAGACACUCCCUACCUUGAGGAGUUUACAGUCUAAGUAGGUAGCUAUUGAUAAAUCAGUACUGGCUGCUAUGAUCAGACAGGUGUCUUCCAUGGUACUACCUGAGCCACAGUAUCACUCUGUUCUGUAAGUGCCUCAAAUAACUCAAGUUACUAUUAAAACUUAAUUUAACAAAACUCUGAAGUCUCUCAAAUCCUGCCUGACAGCAGCCUAACAAACGAGAGCCUGGAAGUGUCUAGUGUAGCCCCCAGGUCCUCCAAAAAAUCAAUCCAAGCAAAGGAUAGCCAGUGUCAAUUGAAUUCUUCUUAUCUGCCUGUCGGACAGAAAGCUACUCUUUUCCCACCUGUUUGAGACAGAAAACUCUCUCAAAAUUUCAAAAAGACUGGUAUUCUUUUGCAAAUGCAGUGUCCCCUUUUUCCACCCUCUUUGAAGAAGACACUCUCUAUACACCUGUAUUUACUGGUAUGGCUCUGAUAGAGCUGUCUUUCAGGUAAGAAACUUUCCCGUUAUGGAAAUAUGUCCUUAAACUGCUUCAUAAACUUCUUUGCCAUCUGAAGAAAUGUUUCAUCAGACUUGUAGAAAGUGAAGUAUUCUGAUGUCUAGAAGCUAUAUAAAAAUAUAGGGGACAGCAGGAAAGGACAUGGAAGACUAAGGAUGCAAUGGAAAGACUGAAGAGAAGUUUGAAGAGGACUGGACCUGCAAGACCUAUGAACCCAUUCCAUGAACUUGAAAGAGUGGCAAAUAAUUGUGGGCAGCUCUGACCCUUUGUAAAUGAGAAAAGGAGUCGAAGUGAAAGAAUGUGUAACUUUAUUAUAUAAAAACUAUGCAAAGCAUGAAGUUUAUAAAUCAUGUUCAUAGUGUAUAUACCUAUAAUUUCACACCCAUGAUAUAACACCCAGGUGUAAGCAAACUACUGCUUAAUCUGUCUGUGGAAUCCACAAUCUAAAAAUUAACCAUCCAACUAUUCUUGGUUGUAAAAUAAUCCCUUAGAAUGCCCCAUUCCCAUGGAGGUUUUGCUAUUAAUUUCAGUGGAAGCAGGAAAGGCCUCUAAUCAGAAUUUUCACUUUGUAGACUUGGGAAUCUUUCCCCUUUAGACACAAGUUUUAAAUUUACCUGCAAGGAAACUAAGAUCUUUUUCCAUGAAGUCUGUGGAAUGCAAAUAAAUCAAAGGAACUUUUUCCUAUUUUCACACAGAGGCCCGUGUUUUCAAAUGAGGGGAUUCCAUGCAUAAAUGAUCAGAAUUGUCCCUUUGCGUUGGCAGUCCCCUAAUUUACAUGCAGAACUAUAGCAAUUGCAUGUGCAGGUUAAGCACCAAAUUUGUGUGCAUGUUUUCACAUGCGGAAUUAUUUUUAAUUGAUGGCCUUAGUCAUUAGAGAACAAGGUAGUGCUCAGUACAUAAGUGACAGGGAUUGGUAUACCGUAAUGUAGUUCCCUAAAAACAUGAAAUUUUAAGUAAGAUGCCUGAUUGUAUUCAGUGUUAAUUCUCUUUCUCCUGAAGUGCUGCCAGUGGAGUACAAUUUGAAAUCCAUUCUGCAAAUUGUUAGUGUUUCUCCUCCCCAGUACACUAUAAAGGGAUUAUAUCUUCUGCGCACGUACACCUGAAUUCUUAUAAAAAUCUUGCCUUGGCAGCUAACAUGUAUAUACAGUUGUACAUGUUUGCAUCUGCAUACCUUAACAAUGGCAUUUUACAAUCUUAAAAUGUUUAAUAUUGCAAUUCUUAAUACAAGAAAGACAAGGGAAUUCAGAAUUGUGGCUUGAAUUCUAUAGUUAACAUAUUUCCUAAAGAGAAGAGUGACAAUGUCCUUUUGUCCCUCUUAACUGGAGAUCAUUCCUAAUUCUUAGGCACAAUAGACCAAUUUAAAGACAGUGUUUUCAGACUUCAAAGCUACUCAUUUUGCUUAUUGUAGCAUCAUGAAACUUGUCCUGAGGACUGCUGUUUGUAUUCGCUAUAUGUAUGCACUCUAUUUGAUUUUUGAAGACUAUAUAGAACAUCCUGAACUUCCAUGUUUGUGGUGGCUCUGCUAACAGCAGUGCCACUUCACAGCAGCAGUUUAGAAUCAUGGAGUUAGCUGGUUUUCCAUUCUAAUUCAACCCAAGUUUGCAGCUGUUAUUGAAAAUCUCUGAUGCCCAGUUUGAGAGAGAAGUGGUAAAUUGUGUUCAUUUUCAGGUAAAGUGUGUAAGGACUGCACUCCAGAAAACGUGAAGGGGAGACUUCAACUGAUGCAGGUGUACAAUUAUACAUUGAAAUAACUGAUUAGAUGCAUUUCUGUAUGCAAUUUUUGAGUUGUGUGCACAAUUCCAGUACAAAUAAGGCAGGCCUGAAGCAGCUAAGCUUUAAAGUAUUGAAUAGCUGUAUGCCUUUAAGAAACAUUAUUAGACUUCUACACUGAUAAUAGAUCCCUUAAUUUUUAAACUCUGGCAGCCAUUAGCAGAAAGCGCACACAGCAAUGUGGAGUAUAAAUUUCACUUUCAGAUACAAGUGCUUGAUCGUGCACAGUGAGAAAUGCAUCCCAGUCUACCAUCAUGCGGUGCUGGGGAGUACUGGGUUACAGCAAUUCCUCGGUUUUGUUUUGUUUUAAAUUGGCCCAUUUUAAGAUAUGCCCUUUUAUUUUGUUACAGAAGUACUAUUAUAAAGAGCCUCUACUGUGAUUUGUGUAGGAGAUGCUUCCAGCACUGCAUUUGGAAGCUGUUGUGGCUUAUUGUGCAAUAGCAUAAUUAUAUGUGCUUCUCUAAAAAUGUAAUUUACGCAUAAGAAAAUGUUCAUAGAAAUCCAUCAGGCACUUCAUAGGAACAAGUGACUUUCACAACAUGCUGUGACUGAUCGUUCAUGUAGCUUGAAACAUAGUCAUGCUAAAGAUUGACUUGGUUAAAAGAUGACAAUGGAAUACAACACUAGCAUAAAUAAUCUCCUGCUGCUAAAUAGAGGGCUUUGAGACACAUGCUUUGACAGUGUCCGAUUAAGAUUACUUUGUAUUAUACCCACAGAUUGAUGUAUAUUUAAUCACUUGUUCUAAGGGAUGUUGGUAUUGAAGUGACACUGUUCACUGUACCAUUACUGACUUGUGUUUUGAUUAGCUGUAAAGAACAAAGUAACUGUGUGCUUCAGCCACCCAGAGUAGCUUAACCAUAAAAGAGCUGUUUUAUGAAUAGGCUGAUUUUAUUAUUGGGUGAAGCUAAGGGUUCUAGUACCUCUAAGUAAGAGCCACCCAGGAACCUAUUACACCUGAUACAAACCAUUUCCCCAUUGCUGUAGUCAUUCAUUUGAAGACUAACUGCAAUUAUUGUGCAUAGAUCAUUAACUCCACCAUACUCUGCCAUUUACUAUGAUCUCGCUUCCUGUAUAAACUACCUGCAAAUGUUCCCUUGAAAAAUGAAUUUUGAUGUAGAUCUAUUGUGCCCCCAGUCCUGACCAAAGCUUACACUGAAGCCUCUGUUUUGCGAUAAACUUAUCGAAUGUAAUCCUGAACCCAGGAAUGCAAAACAGGCUGUUUUCCUUUUAACAAAUUACGCUUUUUCAUCUUGUAUCGUGUCAUCUACUGUUGUUGGACCCCCAAAUAGGAAAAUGAAGGAGGUGAAAAGGAUUUUUUUUUUUUAAUGAAUUACAGCUACAUACCCGGAGCAGAUGUGCAUCUGGUAUCUCUGUUUACGCUCUAAGUCAACACCACAAUUCAUUCUUAUUUGUGGAGUUAAAUUUCUUGGCUGUAUGGUCCUACAACUUUCAUCCUUGGCUAUGAAAACUCAAGGAAUGAUCUAGUUAUCGUAUAGUCUUCACUUUAGAAUUGAAGGCUAUACACAAAACUACAUUAAAAGAACAUUAACGUUGCAAAGUCAAGCACUCCAAAGGUAGGAAAUGCCAGAAUUUUGGUUGCCAGGCAAGAUAAGGGCUACAUUGUGUACAGACAUUUAGUGAGAGACUCCCUACCCCAAAGAGCUUACAGUCUAAGUCAAAAGACUGACAAAUGUUGAGAGGAGAAACAGAUAGAUGAAGUGAUUGUUCAGCAGGGGCAUGAUGGAGCCAGGAAUAAGAACUGAGGUCAUAGCUGCAGGUUGAAUUUUUUUCAACUAAGGUUUUUUUGGGGGGGGGUUCUGAAAAUGCAUUUUUGGGGGUCCAGAACUAUUUGCCAAUACAGUUCAAAUUCAACUAAUAGGUUUUUUUGGGGAGGAGUGUUUCAUUUUGACCAGUUUGAUGUUUUGUUUUGAUUUUAAAUUUUAAAAAAAGACAUACAAAGGUGACAAGCAUCCAGAAUGGCCAAAUCAAAAUGAAAAAUUGUUGUGGGUUAAUUGAAACCUUUUGGUGACAUCAAAUUAAAAAAACAAAAUUCAAAUUUGGGUCACCUUGGUGUUUUGGUCAAUUUGAAAUGAAUUUUUGUAAUUGGUUCGAUUUUAAAUUCAAAUAGAUUUUUUUUUUUUUUCCCCUUCUGAUGAGCCUGUGAACUGGAAAAUCUAUUCGCUCAUCCGCACUAAGCAGGCUGGCAUGUGUUUUCCUUUCUGAUAGCUGUUGAAAGUUGGCCAUGCUAAAACAGGAUGAGUGUUUCUUAUACACUGUGGUUGAAAUCCUGCCUCCACUCAUCUGAAUGAGUUUCACCAUUGUCUUCACCAGAGCGAGAAUUUCAUUCGAGAAUAGUGAUACUCAGACCUCAGCGGUUCAGGAGCCAAAUUAAUGAUCAACAUUACCCAAAAGAGCCACAGUAGUGUGAAUUCAUUGUUUCAUUUACUAUUUUAUUUAUAUAAUUAAUUCUCUCAGCAAAAUGACUGACCAAGUAUUCUACAAUUGGUUAACAUAGUAAACACAUCCUGAUUGGUUAAUUAAAUCAGUGUUUAAUAUGUGCGGCAAAGAGGCGUAUUAAAGAGCCCCUUGCUGCUCCUGAGCCUCAGUCUGAGUAUCACUGGUCUAGAAUUAUCUAACAAACUGAGUAAUUGUUGUAUAGCUACAUGAGUCCUAAUGAAGGAGAAUAUUAGUAAAAUGUUCCAAAGCUCUAAGUGACAUAGAACCAACCUCCAUUUUAAAAAGAAACUUGGGCAUCUAGGAAUCUAAAUCUUAUUGAAAGUCAAUGGGAUUGAGACCUCUAAGGGCCUGAGUCUCUUGAAAAUGGGAGUUAAGGUCCUACGUCACGUAAGCACUUCUGAAAAAUGUUAACUGUAUUCACUGUCUCCACCUUGAGACCUAAUAUAACCAUUUUACAGCUUUGUUCCUUCAACUUGUUCUGUAAUGUUCCAGUGAAAGCUGUGCAAACUUUUGUAUCUACCCUCUCAGUAUUUAAACUCAAUAAUUUUAUGUGCUGUCCAUAUUCAAUGUAAAAUUUGUCUUACGAAGAAAAUGCUAAAGACACCAUGUGAGUGGUAGUGGUUUUUGUUCACCAUGAUCCAAGUUUAUCUCAGAAUGCCCAGGUUUGUUUACUUUAACUUUUGUUUGGUAGCUGAUUUUUAUUUGAGAAUUGGGGAGGGGAGUGCUAAGUCUUUUUUUUUU